UCCAUCUUUCCCCUCGCUUUCGUGCCACAAAGCUCACGUCCGGACUUGGGAUUCAUGGCCGAGCCUUCCCGGCCCUGGGUGCACCCCGGGGGCGCGGCCGUGCUGGAGGGCCUCAAGUCCAGGCCAGAGCUGAAUGGACAGGAUGUGACCAUCCAGGCUCGGGAUGUGGCCACUGGCCGCUGGCGCUGCAAAGUCGCACCCUUCGGUGAAGAGAUGAAGUUCAAGGCAGAGAACUUGGGAGAACCCCCGGAGAAGGAGGAGCCCAUUGACGCAAACUGGUUACGCCGCGGCGUGCAGGCAGCGGUCAAGGACUUGCCGGAGCAUGAGGGCCAGAUCGUACGUGUGGUCACGGUGGAUGGCGACACCGGCAGCUGCAAAUGUGUGCUGCGAUCCUCUGGCGAGGCUAUUGAGGUCUCCAGAAAGAAUCUCCGGCCCUUGGCGAAUGCAGCCGUGUCGGAGGAGCCGAAGCCGCAGCCGAAGCCGAAGCCGAAAGCGGGCGGCACUGACUGGGCAGCAGUGGAGCUGGAGCGACGAAGAUUGGCGGAGGGCUUCCGCUCCGGCUUUGAGGAGGGCGCCACAGUCAUGCUGGAGGGCCUGCAGUCCAUGCCAGAGCUCAACGGCCAAUGUGGUAAGCUGCUGACUUGGGACGCGCAAGCUCUCCGUUGGCGCGUCCACAUAGAGGGUGGUGGCAUCAAGUCUUUCCGGCCGCAGAACCUCAUUCCGCAACAGGAUGGCUUGAAGCGAAAGGCCAAGAACGAAGAGGAGCCGGAGGAGAGUGAGAAACGCCAGCGGGGUGAGACCUGAGACGUGAUCUUAAAGGCUGCUGAGCUGUGCCUGAUUCGGCCAACAAUGGCUCCAGGAGUGCAAACUUUUU